AUGUCAGCGCUGGCAGAUCGUUUGGAGAAUGAGGGUGGUGGCUCGCAACUAGAACGACCAACUGCUUUGCGAAAUGAAGCUGGCGCUGUCUUUUGUGUAAAGCAGCGAGAAAUGGAUGAGAGGCAGGCUGCAGAGGUUGGGAGUCAGAUUGAAAGGGUGAGGCGAUUGCUGGAUCAACGUGCCGAUGUCAACAAGGUGGAUGUGGAUCUUUACACUCCUUUACACAGGGCUUGUGACAAGAAAGAUGUCGAAUGUACAGCACUUCUCCUGGAGGCCAAAGCUGACCCUGAUGUGUCCCACCCAGGCUUAGAUGGUUGGACUCCGCUGCAUGUGGCAGCAUGGAAGAAUUCCCGAGAAUGUGUUGAACUGCUGAUUGCAGCGGGUGCUGAUUGCAAUGCCAUCGAUUGGUAUGGGAAGACUCCCAUAAGUCUGGCUGGCAAAGAUGCAAAAGCUCUUAUGGCGGCUUUGCAAAGACCACAGCCCGUUGACACCUGGAAAAAUCUUCGUCAAGGAUGCGUAAUGCAGCCGUCGGCAGUUCACCUGGCCAACAUUGAGCGCUGCACGAAGGAGACAGGCGAGGAUCCUCGUGCAGACAAGCCCUGGAGUCCGGGAGUUUGCUUAUUUCCUUUGCACAUGCAGCACUUUGUACAGAGGCUGCCCUCUGCCAUCCACUUCUACCUGGAGACCAACAUUUUCCCCAAUUUCAUGCGCUUUCAAGAGCAGAAGCCAGUGGUAAGCACCCUCACUUCGCCCUCCAUUGUGUCCUUUAAGACAUUGAGCUCUGACUGGACUGUGGAGGCAAGUGAGGAGAUGGACGGUGAAAUUCAUCGGCUUGCUCUGGUGACAGGCUUGACCAACAAAGAGGUGGCAGAGCACCUCCUCGGCCUGAAGAAGCGUGCUGAUGGCACAAUGCCACUAACACUCCCUGACUGGAUCGAGGGUGUGGUGUUCAUAGAAGAAGAUGGUGCCAAGCGUAUUUUGAAUCGCCAGUCCCGAGAAGUGGGUAAACUCGCAGACAGCGGGGUGCCGAUCUCCGCCAGAUUCUGCUUCUACGAUCAGAUUCACACCACAGGAAUGGACAUACAGCAUCGUUUGGAUGCUGUCGCAGCCCUGACUCUGGGCAAAGACAUGGUGUGGCGUGACUUUGCUCAGGGCGCAUACAGGAUGCGUGGAAUUGGCCGUGGCCAGAGCAUUUGCCUAUAUAUCAUUCCGGAGAUCGAAGAACUGAUCUCUCGUGAUUUGGGACUUGCUCACCUGCCACAACUGCCACGCUUUUCCACACUUGGCGAUCGUCACAAGGGCGUUCUUGAUGCCGUGGCCUGUUGGUUGCUGUGCCAGUCCAUGAGAACAGAGAAAGUGCAAUAUGCCAUGCUACAGCUGCAAAAUUUGGCAAACAUUUGGAGAAGGAGCUCUUUGGCCGUGGUCAUGGAAGACUAUGAGGCAAUGGCUGGAAUGAAGCCAGAUACGCUUGCAAGGGUUCAAGUCUACAAAGAGCCCAUUGACUUCAAGGUGCCCUCGAAAGUUCCGCACAUGGAUACCAUCGGUGCUGCAGCUGAGCGAAGGAUUGCUGAUGCUGAACGCUUCGUUCGAGAUGACGACAGGCCAGAACUGGAAGAGAUCCGUGGAAACAUGCUGCGGCUUGCUGAGGCCGGUGGCGAAACUCAAGAAACUGAAGGAGAGCGCGGCUUGGAAACUGAGCAGCAGCGGGAACAGGAACAAGAGAGGCAGCAAGAGGUCGAAGAAGAGAACCAGCGGGAGCAAGAAAUUCAGAUUGAGAAAUUUGUUGACUUAAUGCAUUGCAGAGACCAUGAGGAGCCUGUGCCAUGGGAUGCUGAUACCCUUGCUGUGCCAGAGGAGGAAACACUGCCAACGCAAUUCUACGAGGCAAGGGACUUUUGCUUGUGGAAAAGGCAACCGUUGAAAUCUCUCCCGGAAGAAUGCCUCCUGUCACGAAACUGGUUUGAUCCGCAAUGGAGUGGUUUCCGCCGAGUGAAAAAUGUCUACAUGCAACUGGAGUGGGCCACUUCCUCACAUAGAGAGCGAGAGAGAGAGAGAGAGAGUCACUUUACCUCACCAGUGAAGGUCCACCAGUCAAGGUCGCUUUUCUUUUGUGGAAUGCUGCAUGUGCUCAGUGGUCGGCCUAAGGUUUCAGAUAAGUCUCGCCUUCAACGAGCCAAGAACGAGCUUCCAUUGACUCGUGCAGAAGAGCAUGAGAUGCAUCGCAAGAUGCACCUGGUGCGCCACUCCCGCCCGACAUCAUUUUAUUUUAAACGCAGAGAGAAGAGCCCCUAG